CUAGAAUGAGAGAGCAGUAGUGUGUGGAGUUUUCUGAAGUCCCAUAGCGGAGCAAGAAGAAGAGGAAUAGAGGGGGACAUCAUUUGAAGACUAACUGGAUAUAGCAGAAACCUUGUUGGAUUUUUUUAACUCAAAGCUAUGGUGGCUUACGAUGAACUGGGUAGCUUGGUGACUAUCAAACGGACUCUACAAGCUAUAGACGGUCAGAACCAAGCCAACAAAGAGUCCGAGGUGAGAUACUGGGAGAAUAAGUGAUUGAUCUAAUAUGUUCUUUCUGCUGGCUCUGUCAUUUGGUAUCAGUUGGACAGGAACUUGUUCUCUGCUGCGAUAGCCACUAAUCUCUCUUAUCAGAUCUGUGAGUGAAUCAGCACAUUGCCCUGUUAUCUCUGCUAUCAAAUCACAUUUUAUUUGUCACAUGCUUCGUAAAAAACAACAGCUUCAUCACAAGCAUAUUUGUCACAUGCUUCAUAUCUCACUUGAACUCUGCACCUUAGUAAGGUGUGUGUGUGUGUGUGUUUAGUCUCUGGCAGAACCUUGUUCAAUUCAAACUUUUAGAGAUUUUGUUCUAUGAUACAUUUACAUUUACAUUACAUUUACGUCAUUUAGCAGACGCUCUUAUCCAGAGCGACUUACAGUUAGUGCAUACAUUAUUCUUUUUUUAUUUUCAUACUGGCCCCCCGUGGGAAUCGAACCCACAACCCUGGCGUUGCAAACGCCAUGCUCUACCAACUGAGCUACCUCCCUGCCGGCCAUUCCCUCCCCUACCCUGGACGACGCUGGGCCAAUUGUGCGCCGCCCCAUUGGUCUCCCGGUUGCGGCCGGCUACAGCAGAGCCUGGAUUCGAACCAGGAUCUCUAGUGGCACAGCUAGCAACCUGUUGAGCAGGGGUCAUAAAACGAUCCAUCCCUUUAGCUUUGCUGGUUUUUGUGUGAAUCUAUCUGCCCAGACAGGUAAUGCAGCCUAGCCCUGGGGGAUGACUAGUACCACACCAGUAGUGUAGCAGCAGGGGACAAAUAGCCAUACUGAAAUUAGCACCAUGUUUGCGACUUCUCACCUAAUCUUAAUAUGCCAUUUAGCAGACGCUUUUAUCCAAAGACUUAGUCAUGCGUGCAUACAUUUUUGUGUAUGGGUGGUCCCGGGGAUCGAACCCACUACCUUGGCGUUACAAGCGCCGUGCUCUACCAGCUGAGCUACAGAGGACCACUGUAUUCUUUCAUUGCAAUAACAUUCUAACUUGGAAUUUAUGGGGUUUGAAGUUGGAACUUUUAAUGGCAACAUUAUUGCACAUUUUAGUUUGCCAGUUGGGAUUCCCCCAACCCCCCCGGGCUUUUCUCAGAGCCCUGGCAGUGAGUGCAGUGAAGCGUCUCUCAGGUGUGAGUGCUCACACAGCAGGCUGAGAGCAUUCCUCACACACAAUUAAAGGGACAGGGGGUAGAAACCCAGGUGUGCCUCUUCUCUGAUUCACACAGAGCCACUGGUCAGCAGAAUCCUUUUUUGACUCACUUCUCUAGUCUCCUUCCUUCCCCCAUUCAAGGUCUUUGUGGUUAGAUUUCGGGAAGGGGGUUCAGGGGGAAGCCAGCGGCUACAUUGUUGGUAAAUCAGAAAGGAGAAGUUGAGUUCUUCAAUGAAGUGAGUAGUCGCGUUUCUCAACAGAUGUUCAUGAUUGUGACACCCGUUUUUAGUUACUCUGUGAUGAGCUCUUUCGUUGGAGUCCAGGGUAAACAUUAGUGGUGUUCCACUCCCUCAGAGCCCAGCCCUGCUAUCAGCUAUGCUGUAAUCAGUGGGAGAGAGAGAGCUGCUGCAGCAGGGAGGGACAGCCAAGCAAGCAGGGAUUAACACGUGGGGUUACAUCAAAGGGAGGCCAGGGGCACAGGAAGGGGCUUUUGGGGGGGCUGGCUGAAAAAGUGGAUAAAGUUAGUUGAUGAGCCUUUGGCUCUCUGGUUGGAGAUAACGAGGUAGAAGAGAAUUGUGGGUAAGAGAGGAGGAAGGGGGGUUGUUAUUAAAAUACCACCGGAGGCCAAUUUAGGACAUUAGGGAAGAUUUGAGUGAGUACCCAUGGUCCCUCAAUCUGCGUUGUAUUAGGGGGUGGGGGGUCGGUUGUUGGUUGGUUGUUCCAAAGACCGUACAGAACGAAACAGUCCAGCAGCACAAAUCCCGGAUAUGUCUGGCUUCCUGAAGGGAGUGAGACUGGACAGUGUUCCAGGGAGUUCCCUGUAGUCCAACUGCCUGGAAUAGAAACUACUCCUAGUCCUAUCAGUCUGCAUGUUGCUCUCUCCAGCUGAUAGUAACACUGGGUGGGCGUACAAAGAACAGCACCAAUGGCCUUUGUUAUUCCAGGGCCGGUCUCCAAAUGACAGGAAAGGCACAAUGGGCAACACGUUUCCAAAGUUUACAUUGGAAGACCCCUUGAUUUCCAAAGCAAAUUUACCCUCUAAGUUUCCAUUGUCCAAUGGGGUUUACAGCACACUAGUUGGACACAGUGUGCCUGUUAUGGUCCUCUCUCCACUCAGUAAUGAGGCCCAUUUAAAAUAAAGUCUAAAGCGGUUUAAACCGGUCCUGUGUUUAGGAUUGGGAUUCCUUUCUGACCAUACCAUUUCUCGACCACCGUCAGAGUGGUUCGGAUGUGGUCAGUGCUAGUCCUCUCGGUUUAUUGGCUCUGGGAUAGAGUGGUUUAGAUAAGUUCCUGGACUGUCUGGCGGUCCUGGUCAAAGACCCGACCACAUUUGGAUCAUGACCCUAGCUGGCUGCAGUCACGGUGGCUUUUACGCCAGACUCUGUGGUAGAUCUGUUCUGCAGCUGUGGUCUGCUUCUGGGGCCAGGAGGAGCCUGAAUGGCUCUCUGUUCCCCCAGUUUCGCUGAGCCAAGGCAAAACCCCAUUCAUCCUGAGUCAGGAGAAGGCUCUGAGAGUUUAAGAGCUUGGGGGUUCAAAUAGAGCAUGCAGCAUAGAUUUCAUAAGACAGAUUUUUUUCUUCCCAAAUCAUGUCUAAGAGCAUGAUGAUUCUGGUUUUGGCUGUUUUUGAAGAGGUCUCUCUCACAGUCUAUGAAUUCAUUACCUCAGAUCUGCAGUGCUUUGAUAUCUGAUGUUUGUUGCUGUUGGCAGGGGAGUGUUGCGGUCUCCCUCUCCCUGCCUCAGGGCUCAGUACAGGGGGGUGAAGCGGGAUUACCUGGCACAGGUGUGGUGCUUCUCUCACGCGACGAGGGCUCCAGGUCCUGUUCCAACUCGCGCCCACAAACCCCCCACGCCACCCCCUGUGACUCCUAAAAAAAAGACUGAGAAUUCCAGUAUUCUAGUGCCUGUUUAGGACGAGGCCUGUUAGUUCCUCUCUGUCUCUCACUGGUGGUCUUCCGUCCAGAGUCACACCAGUUUUACUGUAGCUGUCCAAACACAGCACCGUCCUGUCCCGUACCUCACUGAACUCUGGGAGACGGGAGUUAAACGAUGAGGCCUUUUGUCUUCCCAUGUUUGAGUGACUGAACAGCCCCUGUCUCACGGCCCGUUUACUUUAGUCAGGCCAUAAUGCUGAGUAGUUGUGUGUGUGUGACAGAGAGUAAGUGGGUGUGUGUGUGUGUAUUGUGAGUGUGUUAGACAGCUGAAAGCAGGGGUCCCGUGCAUUCCUGGCAUGCCUCCAGGCCCCUUCUCUGGUCGGCGCCUCUGGGCUGCAGUCAGAAAGGGAGUCUUUGUGCUCCCCCAGCCUGCCCUGGGCUCCUCAGUCCUCACAUGAUGGAGGCAACAGCUGCUGGGGCUGCUGCAUCCUCCUGCCCACUGUCUCUAUGGCCUGACCUCGGCUCUAACCCCCUCCUCCCUAGUAACAGUCUCAUGACAAAGUCCCUUGUGGAGGUAGUGUCACCGAUAGGGAUUCAUGGCUUACAUCAUGAGGGCCAAGUGAUAUCAGUCAUAGCGACGCUUCUAGCUGUUUCCUGGUGAGGCUUCUGCUAAAAGAGUUUAUGGGUUUAUGGUAAAUGAGAAAGGAAGUUGAGAAUCCGAGGCCUUAUCUGUGUUUCCCCCCUCUCUCUCUCUUCUCUCCAGGAACCCAGCAACAAGCGUGUCCGUCCUCUCGGCAGGGUGACCUCGCUGGCUAACCUCAUCUCCCCCGUGAAGAAUGGGGCCGUCCGGCGCUUCGGCCAGACCAUCCAGUCCAUGUCCUUCCGGGGCGAUGGCAAUGGUGGCAAGACGCCGGGCGUGCCCCAGAAGCCAUGCAGCAAGGCGGCGGUGCCCACGCCGCCCAAGAGACGCAACAGCACGCUGUGGUCGGAGACAUUAGACGUCCACCAGAAGGGCACCUUCUCCACCAAGGAGAUCAAGAGACAGGAGGUGAGAAUCAGCACCGUCACCAUAGAUUCUCACAUCUCUUUUCAAACAAAUCGCAAUAGAGAAGGAAUGGGAACUCGGCUGCAACAAUAGAUGGUUGUGAUGAGCUUAGAACAGAGUGAGGUAAGAGACUGAACCACAUACCUGAUGUCUAGUUCGGCUGGCCCUGCUAAAGCGCUCCAGAUGACUGAGUGCGCUCCAGGUCACAAAGCCAGACGCCACGGUAUUCAACCUAGCCUGGGACAGAGUUAUUAAAGCCAGAGGGCUGGGGCGGUUUUCCUGCCCUCCUUUACCCCCCCCCCCUUCUCUGUUUUUCUCCUUUGAUUCUCAGACAAGAGUUCAGACUUUUGUUUGUUUGGAAGGUCCCCUCGGUAUUUGUGCUGAGUGAGCUAAAUGGGUUUAGAAAGCGGUCAGGGACCAGUUUGUCACCAGUCUGUUCCAGAGCUGGUGUCUGACGUCACUAAUGUACCCCUGGCCUGACAGACCUCUCAACCAACAGUCAGAAUACUCAAAAACCAUAAACAACGCUCAGUACAGAGAGAGACAGAGAACUAGAGGGUAAUGGAGAGAGAAGGGACCCAAGAAUUUGGCAACUCAUUGACCUCAGUAAUUUGGCGUUGAUUUGUCCUCUUACUUUAAUGUGUACUCAGUAAUUUGGUGUCCUCUUUAGUUUGAUGCGGUUUAAUAUGUACUCAGUGUUUUUUAAUUUAGCAUGACAUCCUGUUCCAUGUUGUUUUUAAAUAUACAUCUCCUUCCUCCUCAGGCCAUAUUUGAGUUGACUCGCGGAGAACAGGACCUGAUUGAGGACCUCCAACUCGCACGCAAGGUUCGUACUUUAUUUAAAACCCUCCGAAAGUACAUAUUAAGUAAACAGAUCAAAUCAGAGACUAGUUGGAAGCUCUCCUCUAAACAUGACCGACCAUUACCCAUUUAGCUAUAAAAAGAAAGGAAUGAUUCCAUUCCAUUUCUCUCUAACUAAAACCUUUCCUCCAGUGCUAUACUUAGCCUCCCUCUCUCUUUUCUAAAUAAGCCGUUGAAUGACUGCUUGGCUCUAUUUUCUCUCUCCUCCAGGCGUACCACGACCCCAUGCUGAAGCUGAGUAUCAUGUCGGAGGAGGAGCUGACCCAUAUCUUCGGGGACCUGGAUGCCUACAUCCCCCUCCACGAGGACCUGCUGGCCCAGCUGGCCAGAGCCACCGGCCCCGACGGCACCGUGGGACAGAUAGGACAGAUCGUCGUCAGCUGGGUACGUACCAGAGCCUGUGCCCACUCAACUUUGACCUCUCUAUCUCUCUACCUGUAUAAGUGUUUAUCUAGCAGGGACCAAAGUGUUGAAGAUGUCAUAAAGAUGCCCCUUUAUGACAUAUCUGUAUGUUUUAUCUUGCAGUGAAUGGCCAAAGUGCUAACGGUACGGUACAUCUCUCUCCCCUCCAGUUGCCAGGGCUGAAUGCAUACCGAGAUUACUGCAGUAACCAGGUGGCGGCCAAGGCCCUGUUGGACCAGAAGAAACAGGACCGGAGGGUGCAGGACUUCCUGCAGCGCUGCCUGGAGUCUCCCUUCAGCAGGAAGCUGGACCUGUGGAGCUUCCUGGACAUCCCCCGCUCCCGUCUGUUCAAAUACCCCCUCCUGCUCAGAGAGAUCCUCAAACACACAGCGCCCGAGCACCCCGACACGCCCCGCCUGGAGCAAGCAGUGAGUGGAGCGAAGGACACACAAAGAUUUAUGAAUACAGCAUUCUGAAAACAUCAAAUAUAUAAUUGUAUCCUAUCAGGUUGUGACUAUAACAAUGUGUAUAUGUGUGUGUCUCCAGAUCACCAUCAUCCAGGGUGUGUUGUCUGACAUCAACAUGAAGAAGGGGGAGUCAGAGAGCCAGUACUACAUAGACAAACUGGAGUAUCUGGACGACAGGCAAAGAGACCCGCGCAUCGACCAGUGCAAGAGUCUGUUGUGUCACGGCGAGCUACGCAACAAGAGCGGAACAGUGAGUUUAGAACACACGCAUACACACACACAUUAUAAUGCUAAAAGGCACACACUCGCACCCCAAUCCACCUAAAGCAAUGAUUCUUCCCUGGCUCCUCCUAACCCUCAUGUGCACCAACAUGAGCUCUGCACCCCCAAAUAAGGCAGUUGGGGCCAAAACAUGGACCUUUUUCAUUUCAAACGGACCGCAUAACACAUGAAUUACAUAACCCACAUGAGAAUCUCUACCAAUGAUAACAAGUCCUCAGGGAAAAAAAACUGUUGGCAGAUGAGAAUGUGAGAAACUAUGCCUGAAAUUAAACAAAACGUUGGCAAUGAUCUGAUUUUAAUAAUGAUUUUUAAAUCUUCUCUCCUUCCUUUUGUCCCCCCUCUCUCCAGAAGCUGCACGUGUUCCUGUUCACAGAGCUGUUGGUAAUGACCCGGUCUGUGACGAGGAACGAGCACCACUGUUUCCAGGUGUACCGGCAGCCAAUCCCGGUGCAGGACUUGGUGCUGGAGGACCUACAGGAUGGAGACGUCAAGAUGGGUGGCUCCUUCAGAGGAGCAUUCAGUAACUCAGACAAAGGUGAGCCCCUGACCCCUCACCUAUGACCUUCCAUGUCUAGCUGGAGGUUAAAGCCUGUAACUGAAACUGAUGGUUAAUCUAACCUCUCGUUCCCUGUUCAUCUCUUCAGCCAAGAACAUCUUCCGUGUGCGUUUCCAAGACCCGUCUCAGGGCCAGUCCCACACGCUGCAGGUCAAUGACGUCUUCCACAAGCAGCAGUGGCUCAACUGCCUGCGCAGCGCCAUCUCCGUCCACCACCCCGCGGACGCCGCUGUCACCACACCCGCCUCCUCCCCGGCAGCCGACGCCCACUCCAAGCGGCGCUCCUCCAAAAUCUCCGCCAUCAUCCACAUAGAGGAGGCCGACGAGAACUGCCCUCUGACGCCCGCAGGUCCAACGUCCGCCCCCAGUUCGCCAUGCGGGGACGAGACCCCCAGCCCCACCUCAACGUCUCCCUCCUCCCGCUCCUCAUCCUCCUCUUCAUCACCACUAUCCUCCCCGUCGCCCAAACACAAAACCAAAAAGGACAAGCGCUCCCUCUGUGCCUUAGGGAAGAGGAAGGAGACCAUGGUGUAAUUAGAGGAGGGGAGAAAAUGGACUCCUGGGCGAUCGGACAAUAUGUUUGUACAUAAGGAGGGGGAAGGGGGG